AUGGUUCAAGGUAUCAUGAAUAAGCUCAAGCAAAGCCUGUGGCAAGGCAGUGGGCCAAAUUAUGAGCGGGUUGACCUUGAAGAUGGUUUCGAGAAAGAGCACACCACCAAAACACGAUCUACACGACACGUCAAACCGGUGAUCAUAAUCCUUGGAUCCUUACUCGCCAUUUUCGUAUUUCUAUCUUCGGGUGGCCAUGGUUCUGCCAGAACCAUCGUUUCCUCGAAGGAGGCAUUGCUACCACCAGCUUACCUCCGGAUGCUUUUCCCGGUGAGGCAUUCCGAUGCCAAUUAUUGCAAAACUGUUCUUAGUACCGCCAUUCUGAACUAUCCGGAGCCAAUAUUGAUAGGAUUCGCGGGUAAGAAGGAUGAGAAGGAGGACGAGAAUGCUGACUCCACUCUGGACUUGGCUCAACGCAUUUCUCGCAAGACCAGUAUCCUUGGCAUCGACAAGUAUCUCAGGAACACCUCAACAACUUUCGACGAGGAUCUGGUUAUUAUUGCCGAUGGGCUAAAUACCUGGUUUCAAUUACGUCCCCAAACACUUCUUGACCGCUACUUUGAAUCGAACAGAAAUGCGGACGAGCGCAUCAGAAAAGAACUCGGCGUGAAUGCUGACGUCCUAGGCAUUCGUCAGAAAAUCAUCUUCGGUGCACAAAGAGACUGUUCACCCUGGAGCGCAGAGGAUCCAGCUUGCGCAGCAGUGCCCGAAUCCACACUGCCCAGCAACAUCUAUGGCCCUCAGACUGAUGCUGACGCUGGUGAGGGAAAGGACCCUUUCACCAAGCAGCGCCCACGAUACAUAAACUCAGGCUUCGCGAUGGGUCCCGUCAAAGAAUUGCGCAAGCUCUACGCUGAGGCCGCAAAGCGCGUUAUGGGCGAUCAGCAUCUUCAAGACGAAGGCAAGGUUCUUGGUCAGCUUUUCGCCGAGCAAGAGAUGGCUCGUGUAUCCUAUAAAAAGUCAUCAGCCUCGUGGUUCUCGUCGGUCUGGGAGAGUGCCAGUGCAGCCGAGGAUAGAAAGGCACAACAGUUGAGAGAGACUGAUCUCUCACGAGAGUACGGAAUCGGCUUGGAUUAUGCCAGUGGACUCGCCUUCGAGACUGCCCACGCCGAUGGCGAUAUGGAGUUUGUCAAGUUUGGCGAUGCAGCAUCUGUGCAUGCAGCCAACGCUAAGCACGGCAUCAGCGAUAGUCGGAUCAACCAAAUCGCGCCUGAUGUUGGUUCAUCUUUGCCGCCAUUUUGGACUUACAGUCAGGAAGUCCUUCCUCCCCGCAACACAUCGUGGACAAAUGUGUCUCUCCUCACCAAUGCCUGGACUGGAGUCACACCUGCUGUUAUCCAGCACGACAUGAACAACUAUCGCAGUGGCUCGCCGCGCGAAACAUGGUGGUCCUACAUGUGGUACCAAAAGUAUGCGCGCAAGUUGUUCGAUGUCCAUAUUCAAAUGCCUAUUGGCCCCGUCGCCGUCUCUGGCUACGACGCUUCUUCUCGCCGACAAUGGUGGGGCGAUGAUGACUGGAAAGGCGGCGCAAGGAACGAGACCAAGUACUGGUGGAGAUAUGAAGAUGUGUGUGGAGGAACAGAGAACGAAGUCUUCAAAGACAACAAAGGUCCGUGGUACCUUCCAUCCAAUCAUUAG